AAUGACGCUUAUGAGCAAGAUUGGGGCAUUGGAAUAUGGGGAAAAAUGGGAAAUAAGCAAUUGGCAGGUGAUUCCGCUCAAAUAACGCUACCCGAUAUGGCCAAAGCCUUGAUAAUUAGAACCGACGAUACGUUAAAAUAUAAGCGGCAAUUUAAAAAUAUUGGUAUCUCAGUUACUAUGGAUUUAAAAGUUAUCGCUGUUGAUAAAUCAAAUGGCAAUCUUACAAUAAGAAUUCAAAAAGGAAACCAGAGUAAAACAAUUAAUGAUAUAUCUAAUCCAACUCGUCUUGAACACGAAUUACUUAACUUUGAUGGUAGAGUACCGAAAGAGUCGCGUCCUAACGGCAAUGCUUUUAAAAAUUUUUCAAUUGUACGCUCUCCUGAGUAUGCACCAAGUCUAUUUGAAGUACGUAAAGAAUAUUGGGCAAAAAAUCAAUAA